AUGUUCAGAGAAAGAAACUUAGCUGUGGGGAAACGGUGCUUAUAUGUGCUGGAACGUCGCUGCGAGUUUGCUCUUGAAGACAGUAGUAUGAAGGUAUCCCCAGCUUUCCCGAUUGACAGCGUCACAGUGGCGCCAAUACAGCUGCCAGAAAAGGAUGAGGACGUUCCAGACAAUGCCAACGUCACGACCAUCGGCUGGGGAAAACAUUGGUACUUUGGACAGAUUCAAGAUGGCCUGCGCAAAGUGGACAUACACAUAUGGCAGCAGUGGCUGUGUGAGUCCGUGUGGCAUGACAUCAAUUACAACGUCCACCCUACGCAGAUCUGUGCAAUUCGUUUCAAGAAUAACAAGCACUACGACGCCUGCACUGUAAGUAAACGACGAGCUGGUGGUGAAAACAGCGAGGACACGUACGAGGUGCUAGCUGGUACCAACAGCGUCACCGAAGGGGGUACCAGACACACAGUGACAGACAUCAGUUCUCACGAGGGAUACAACGCCAGUGAUUCCUGGGUCAACGACAUUGCCGUAUUGAAGGUAUCUCCAGCUUUUCCAAUUGAUGGCGUCACGGUGGCGCCAAUUCAGCUCCCGGAGCAGGGAGAGGAGGUUCCAGACAGCGCCACCGUCACGGUCAUUGGGUGGGGAAAACUGUGGUACUUUGGACCGUUUCCAGAUGGCCUGCUCAAAGUGGAUGUACGAAUAAUGCAGCAAUGGCUGUGCGAGUCUGUGUACGCUGACAUCAACAGCAGCAUCUACCCUACACAGAUCUGUGCAAUUCCUUUCGAGGACGGCACGUACUACGACGCCUGCAGUGGUGAUGGAGGGGGUCCGCUGCUCUACGAAGGAAAGGUUGUGGGGCUGGUGUCUUGGGGAUACUACUGUGGUGAGCCUCCCUACCCCUCAGUCUACAUACGUGUCUCCAGCUAUGUGGACUGGAUCACUGAGAGGACAAAUGGCUCACAGCUGUAUCACUAG